UGGCUAGGCUUUACAGUUUGUUUCAGAAUUAUCCUUGUUUUCGAAGUUUCACAGUGUUAUUCGCUCUUCACAUUGAGAAAAAUAUAUUUAAAAUAUUAUCGGUAGAGAAUUUAUUUGAAAUGUUAUUUUAUUCUUUGGCAAAUUAAUUUUAAUAUUUAUGUUUGUGAAAUUUAAGUCGAUAGUCGAAACAAAGUUGGCGGCAAUAAAAAUUUUUCAAUUCGUAAAAUGGAGUUUGUGUGUUUAAGAAAUAUAAGCAUAAAGGACGAACCAGUUGAUUAUAUAGACAAUAUUGAAAGCUCAGAAAUAAUGAUUGAGUCUGACGAACACACUAUAGUUGAUGUAGAUCCGAUGAAUUUGUUAGAAGCUAUAGCUGAACGAUCUAGUGUAGACGACCAAGAAGUAAUUAGUGUAACACCAAUUGUCGAUGAUGCGGCAACUAUUGACAAGUGGAAGAAUUGGAUAAAAACUUAUCCUUGGUUGUUGCGCAGAACUGACGGCAAACGCUUGGGCUUUUGCCUCUACUGUGCCAAAAAUUUGAAUGUAGAGAGUGCUUGCUCUUUACAAAAACAUGAUGGAGCAAUGAUACACAAAGAAAGGCAAAAAAACUACGAAGAAUUCUUACAUUCUUGCCAGGAGUCCUUUAAUGAAGAUGGGUUAUCUGCUAUAAAAAAUGAAAUUGACGAAUAUAAUGCACAGCGAAUUUCAAUGGAAUUAUUAAGAAAGCGUUUGGAAAGAUCUAAAGAUUUGAAUGAUUUCAACUGGGCGAAUUGGCUAAAAGCACACAGCUGGUUAGUACGUCAAAAUAAUGGUGAAGAGGAUGGAACUAAAGGUUACUGCAAAUACUGCAAAUGUGUUUUCGACGUCGAAUUUUCGCUUAAUAGGCAAAGGCACGAAAAUUCUGUUAAACACAAACUUAGCGAAAAUCAAUUUUUUAAUCAAACAGUUAAUGGAGAAAAUGCGAACCAUUUGGGUGAGAUAAUUGAAAAUGGUAUCGAGGAUGCAGAUUAUGUGGGCAUGGAUGAAAAUAACGUAAGAAUUAAAAGUAAAUUGUUGAAGGGACGGUUUUUCGACAAGGUUGCAAAUUCUAGUAAACAAAGGAGCUGUCGAAUUUGCAAAGUUGUAAUGGACAAGCAUAGCUGUCGGAAACAUUUAAAGUCGAAAUUCCAUAAGAAAAACUUACAUUCAAUAGCAUAUAAUGCCAGAAAAAUAAAAAUGAAUAACGUAAACCCUAAGAUACCUAUCGACUGGAGUAAAUACACCAAAUUUCAUAAAUGGAUUUGUGCCGACCCAGACGAUCCCAAGUAUGCAUAUUGUUCGUAUUGCGAGAAAAGAUUUAUGUAUGGAUUGUCAACGAUAAAAAAGAAUCUACAUGAAAAAUCUCAAUCACAUUGCGAAGCUAUGAAGCGAAAACAAAUAGACAGCAAUAUGUAUACCGAUAUGACAAAUCAAGCUGAAGCAGGAGAAUUAAACGAAGGGAAUAGUGUGAAUUUUGACAUCGAUGAAAAUGGUCGUUCAACAGUUUUGAAACGCAAAAGAGCGAUGUUUACGGACGAAUGGUUUGAAUUAAAUCCAUGCUAUGAGCGAAACCCAGACGAUGAAGAUUAUAUCUAUUGUAAAUGUUGUAAAGUACAGCUACUAAUUAAAAACUUAAAAAUAGGCAAACAUGAGAGAGCCGAACGCCACAGAUUUUCUCAAAGUGCAUAUAUUUUAGACACGAAAAGAGAAAAGCUAGAUAACAGUUUGGAAGAGUUUAGAGAGAACGUCGUCAAUUUACCAUGGAUGCGACGAACAAAGAACGGGCAAACAUACUGUAAAUUCUGUCGUGUAGUUAUUCCAAGUCAAUAUAAACCUACUUUACAUGAGAAAACCGAACGACAUAAAUUAGCAGCUCAAAAAUAUCUAGCGCGGAGAAAUAUGCAGUCGUCCGAUGGUCAACCAGGUGUCACACAAUAUGAAGACGGAGUUAGUGACGAAGAGGUCAAGCCGGUAAUGGAUGCCGUUAAUGGUACACAAAAUUGGCACAAACAAUAUGUGUGGUUAUCAUUUAGUGAUACCGAAUUGCGUGAGCAUUACGGUUAUUGCAAUUACUGUAAACAAAGCGUAUUUGUGCCCACUACCAAAUUUGCAUCCAAACAUGAGUGCACUGCAAACCACAUACGUGCGCAUCUAACACGACAAAAUGAAAUGGAAACAUCACUAAAUUCUAAAACUGAAGAAACACCAACACAAAAUCACGUUAACUCCAAAUAUAAAUUAUAUAAAUGGCUUUUAGCUGAUCCCGAAGGCCAUAAAAGUUAUGGGUAUUGUAAAUACUGCAAGACGCGCGUCAUGACGGAAGGUUUAUUAGCAUUGGCUCACCACAAUUCUCGUAGCCAUCGAAAAGCAACCAGCAGUUAUUUGCAGAAGCAGGAUAAUGAAAUAGCAGAUGAGAACAAUCAAAUGCAUAUACUAGAGGAUAGGAUCCAUACCACCAUGGAAAGUAUUAAUCCGGAUGAAUCUGGAUCGGAGAAAUCACUGGCUACGCGACUAACUAACGCUCACAUGGAGAUGCUUAGUUUGAUUCGUGAAAUGAAGGGCAAUAAUACGCGACAGAAUAUGACAAUUCUUUCGGGUCCUUUGUCUGCAGCUGCAUCUCUAUCACCUUCGGAUGCUGAUAUAUGCUAUUCACGCGUCUCCGGCCAACACAAUGGCAAACUGGAGUUCAAUGUAUUGAGUCAGGCUAAGCGUGAGCGCAACACAUAUGAUUUAUUCUUUGAAAGUAUGAAUGAAACUGUAAAAAGAUUACCCUCGGAUUUGGCUGCAGAGAGCCGUAUUAAAAUUAUGCAAAUCGUCUAUGAUUUAGAAGUGCGUGCAUUACAGCGCAAGUCACAAUCAGCACUUAGCCCAGAUACGACACCUUUGUCGUCACGCUCGACAUUGACCAUGAGGGAACGUAGCGCAUCGGUUACAAAGCCGAAUUCUGAUUCGAUCAUUCCAGAUAAUAAUGAGCAAAGUACAAAUGAAACCAAUCAAUCUAACACCAGCGAUGCGCCAUAACCCAACUUUAUUUGCUAGUUGCGUUUUUUAACUUCCUCUUCAUUUUUAAACUGUACUCAAGUUUUAUAUUUUGAUAAUGAAUAUCACAAUAGGUAAGAAAUGCCUUUAAUUAAUUAUUAUUAAUAAUCAUUGGUUGGAAAUUGCUUUUGUUCAUAAAUAUUCGUUCACAAGUAAAUUAUUUGUUUCAAGCGUUAGAAAUGUCUCCUCACCUGUUGUUUGUAUUAGUCCUUUUACUACAGAAGUAGUAUUUAUUUACGUUUUAAAACUGGUAUUUUUAACAAUUCAUAAUCCGGAAGAUAUCAGUUUUUGUUGUGUUUUGUAACGAUUUAUUUUUUCCUUAAAAUUCCUUAACAGUUGUUUGGUUUGGAGUUUCUUCAAUGAGUCUUAGAUGGAAGAUUUUAGCAUGAGAGUUUAAGCUUCAUUUAUACAGUUUUCUUCUAUAAACGAUUUUAUGAAAAUUAAAAUGGAAACAAAAGUGUUACGUAUAUAAAUCCAUUAAAACCUUAUAUAAGUGUAUAAUUACAAUAAAUUAUAGUUGGAUUAAACAAUAUAAGUCA